ACGAAGUGAGGGGGACGGUAUUUCUACACUGUGUGUGUGGCAGUCAAUUUUUGAGGAAGUCGUCAAACUGAAGAAAAUGGACGACAUAUGCACGGCUAUGACUGGUGGCUUUUUACCUGAAUGAACGAUGAAAAAUGGGAUCUAUGCCUUCAAGUCAGCGUUCGCGGAGAUGGACCGAGGAGCGAUAUAUCAGCGCUAAAACAGCGGACGCGAUGCUAGCUUAUUAGCUUGCUCUUUGAUGUUUGUUCUUCCGACAGAUAACGAAACUGCGAUCAAAACUUUUGAGUCCACCUGCUUCGAUUUUUGUUUUCGAAAUUAGCGACAAACUAAAUCAGCAUAAACUCAAACUGCUGAUAUUACCAGGUGACAUUUAACGUUAGCGCCUUGCUACAUUAGUUAGCUGACUUUAGAAGUGGCUAUUAGCGUUAUUGCUAGCCAAAAUUAGUUAAGCUAAUUAACGUAACGUUAGCUCAAAAGGCAAUGAGUGCGCAGAAUAACGUUAACGUUCCAUGGUUAUCAUGACAGUGGCUAGCAUAACCUGCUUGGUUUGUUAACAGUUAAGCUGCAAUAAACGUUAAUAAUAAGAAGCUAUCUGCAAUUAUUUCUUUUUCCGAUAAGGACAAACUAACGUUAGUAUAUUCCGUUACCCGCACGGUUAGAAUUUGUGCAUCUUCAGCUGUUAGGUUAAAGAUAAAACAGCAUUUCUUGCAUUUGCAAAACCCGUGAGUUUUUGCUCUAACGGUACUAGGUAACGUCUAUAUCUAAUCUUUGCUUGAAAGAUUUAUUAGAAACUUUAUAACGACUACCUCACCGGAAAGGACUCGAUAAGCCGACAAUAUGUUGCAUUUACGGGAAUUUUCUGCCAGUGUCAUCAAAUGCAUUUCCCUCGAUAUAGCAUAUUUUUUGGACGAAAGUGUGUUAAGCUAGGGCAGGAGAGUUGGCACAUAGUGAAUGUUUCCAGAACAGCCUCAUGAAGUGUAGCUCAUAACCGCCAGAUAUGCGUCUUUCCUCCUUUCUGGCCGUGUUCAGGCCUGCUUUGCCCCUUAUCCUCGGGCUGUCGUUGGGAUGUAGUCUGAGCCUUUUAAUGGUGUCCUGGACUCAAGGGGAUACCGAUGACGCCUGCAGAGAUGAAAUGGGCAAUGGGAGGCUUUUCCUGGGCAGAGGAGAUGCCCAGAGGGACUCGAGGGACGGAGCUGGAGACGAAGACUUCCAGCCACGUAUCGUGCCCUACCACAAGGACCCGAACAAGCCGCACAAGAAAGUCCUCAGAACUCGAUAUAUUCACACUGAACUGGGCAUCAGAGAGCGACUGCUGGUGGGUGUGCUGACCUCCCGGGCCACCCUCAACACGCUGGCCGUGGCGGUGAAUCGCACGGUAGCCCACCACUUCCACCGCACCUUUUUCUUCACAGGCCUGCGCAGCCCUAAGGUGCCUCACGGCAUGACUGUGGUUGCCCACGGCGACGACCGUCCAGUGUGGCUGAUGUACGAGACGGUGCGUCACCUCCAUCAGCACUACGGCUCGGACUACGACUGGUUCCUCUUGGCCCAGGAUGACACCUACAUGCAAGCAGACCGUCUGUCAGAGCUGGUGGGCCACCUCAGUGCAGGUCAGGACCUGUACAUGGGCAGGGCGGAGGAGUUUAUCGGUGGAGAGGAGAAGGCACGCUACUGCCACGGGGGCUAUGGCUAUCUGCUGUCCCGCAGUCUGCUGGCCCGUCUGCAGCCCCACCUCGACACCUGCCGUAAUGACAUCCUCAGUGUGAGACCCGACGAGUGGCUGGGCCGCUGCAUUAUUGACUACCUGGGUCUCAGCUGUGUGGAGGUGCACCAGGAGAUGACAUAUCGCUACUUUGAGCUUGGAAAAAAUGCAGAUCCGGAGCGUGAAGACAGCAUAGAGUUUAAGAAUGCCUUCACCGUCCACCCUAUAUCAGAACCGAAUCUCAUGUACCGCCUACACAAACGCUUCAGCCAGAUUGAGCUGGAAUGGACUUACCUACAGAUCCAGCAGCUGCAGAUGCAGAUCAACAACCUGAGUGACCUGACACCAGAGGGGAAGGCAGGAGUCACGUGGCCUAUCGGAAUCAACCCUCCCUUCAAGCCAAGAACCCGCUUUGAGGUCAUAAACUGGGAGUACUUCACUGAAGAGCAUAUUUACUCGUGCAUUGACAGCUCCCCCAAGUGUGAGAUGAGAGGGGCCGACCGUGCGGAUGUAAACGCAAUUCUGGAGAUCGCCGUGGAGCGUCUGAAUGAACGCUACCAGCCCCAGCUACGCUUCCGCAAGCGGCGUCUGCUCAACGGCUACCGACGCUUCGAUCCCACGCGUGGAAUGGAGUAUGUGCUGGAUCUUGCGCUGGAGGCCUAUACCCAGAAAGGCCACAGUCAAGUCAUUGCCAAACGGGUGAACUUGCUGCGCCCUCUAAGUGCAGUCGAGAUCAUCCCCAUGCCCUAUGUGACGGAGGCAACACGGGUGCAGGUCAUCCUACCCGUCACUGCCCAGGAUCAGGACUAUGUUGGUAACUUCCUCGACAUGUACGUGAUGAACACUUUGGACACCCACGACAAUGUUUUACUCACGUUCCUGUUCAUCUAUGAUCCCUUUGACGCACAGCGAGUCAGCCAGACUGAUGUGUUCGCUGGCAUUAAGGCCAUGAUCGGGGAGGUGGAGAAGCGAUACGGAGACGUGAAGAUCCCCUGGAUCAGCGUAAAGACGGAGGUGCCCUCACAGGUCAAGCUGAUGGACAUCAUCUCCAAGAAGCACCCGGUGGACACGCUGUUUUUCCUGGCCAGCGUGUGGACAGAGGUCAACGCUGACUUCCUGAACCGCUGCAGGAUGAACGCCAUCAGCAACUGGCAGGUCUUCUUCCCCAUCCACUUCCAAGAGUACAGCCCCGCCGUCGUCUACCGCGAGCAGCAGCCCUCUGCCGCCUCCUCCUCUUUUGCCUCGGAGUCACUGCGAGACGGCCACUUCGACCGCCACGUCUUUGACGAGGCCUGCUUUUACAACGCGGACUACAUGACCGCACGGACCAAGAUGGCUGCCGACAUCUUGGACAACGAGGAGCUGCUGGAAAGCAUGGACGUGUACGACAUAUUUGUCCGCUACUCCGGGCUACACGUGUUCAGAGCCGUAGAGCCGGCGCUGAUCCAGAAAUACGUGCGGCGAGCGUGCAACCCGCGGUUCAGCGAGGACAUCUACCACCGCUGUGUCCUCAGCAACCUGGAGGGGCUGGGCUCACGCUCACAUCUCGCCAUGGCGCUUUUUGAACAAGAGCAGGCCAACAGCACCUAGAGGUCUGGACUUCUUGAGAGCGUCGGGGCCUCGAGCACACUGCCUGGACUGGAGGAUACUCAUGCAGAAUAAUGUGAAUUGUGACAUGGUUCUUGUUUAUCCACACACUGAAAUUCACCCCUUUGUAUUUGGCAGAACGAGGUCGGGAUCGGCUAAAGAACAGCACCGUGCAGCUCGUGGACACUUUGACCGAUGCAUAAAUUACCAGUUGUAUCCUCCAGCUGAAAAUCUCUCUGCUCAGUGCUUACAACAGCGUCUGACUAAUGAGCCUCUAACUGUUAAUCUGUCAUGUCUAGACGAAUUAUGAGUCAAGGAGGCGUCCUCUCACACGGCUCCCUGAACGUGGACUGCCUGCAUUCUGCCAUUGAUGUAUUCUCACAGGAGUCGAGCAAAAAUAUUUAUACUCCAGUUUUUAAAAUAAUAUGAUGGUGUGUCUUGAACAAAGGCCUCAUUGUUAAUUAUUAAGAUAAAAACUUGAGCCAUAAGUCUUCCUCAGUGAAGACGUUUAAAAUAAUACUGGAGACAAGCUGAAGCCGUUGGCUGCCUUUUCUUUAAUAUAUGUUCUUUUCUAAGAGGUAUUAAAGAGUGAUAUUUCCACUCA